ACCUAAGAAAUCCAUUGAUUUGGAUUCCAGUCGCGAGAGUUAAGGUUGAUCAUUCGCCUCUCACAGCCUUUUGGCGCCCUCGUCCUAGCGCAGGAGCGUGGUUUGGGAGGAUAAGAGCAUCGUCCGGGUCGAGGACUUGACUUCGUUCCUCUGGCAUUGACGUGGGGUCUGGUUCAAGUUUGAGCAGAAGUCUGACUCAAGACCGGAAAGUCUUAGGAUGUCUCAGGCCUCAGGUCGAACACUACUAUGUAAUAAUAUCUAUUGCUGCCGUCGUUGCUUUAUCUUUACCCUCGACACUAUUUGCGCGGCGAGCCGAGUAGGCUCCAAGUUGGAACAGAGCAACAUGGAAGAGUCGAAACUCGCUUCCUGCGAGGGAGAAUGUAUAGAAGACCAUCAAAGGCCAUAUCAUCCCCCCUGACACACAUAUAUCUGCUCCUCUGACUAUGUCUGACUCUGACCGUCUCCUCUCUCCCGGCAACUACACGAUUGAGAGCGCCUCGGGGGAUUAUAAAGGGCUCUUUGUGACCGUGAGAGAUGGUAAUAUCGUUCUUGACAACAAGGCGAGCGGCAUCGUGCGUUGGGCUUCAGUUUCCUGCUCCCAGCUGCUGCUCACGGAUAUGCAGUGGAUUCUUAGGUAUUCGCAAGAGACUUCGGCUGCGUUUUUCCUAGGUGCAUCACCUGAGAUGCCUAAAGGGAACUUCAUUUCCGUCGGGGAUCAUGCAAUGCUGGUCUACCAAGACAGCAUGCCCUCCUUGACCUCGAGCUUUCAUCUGGAGAGCACCACAGAUAGCCAGGAUACUUUCAGCGUGAUGUUUGAAUACCACUCAGCUUUAAAGAUGUACUGGACGUCUAAUGGAGACUGCAAGGUCUGCGCACGCCCGAAGACUGGUGAAGAAUACCCGAAAUGGAAGUUUUCGAAGUGUGACGAGUAAUCAACAGUAAUAGUACUUACACACCGGCGGUUUGGGAGUUUUUCCACAGGCAAGACUUGAAUCAAAAUGUGGUCGAGAAAUUAUCCAUUUCCGCGUUGAAUUUUGACACU